UAGGGAUAUUUUACCCUUUAAUGAAUGUCAUUUUUGUGACUUUCUCUUUCUAGUGCUAUUUUUGAGACAUAAAUUUCAAAAGGUGCUAUUAUUGACAAUUGCCCUAGUUUAUAUUAUCGUUAUUUUGUACGUGCAGGCAGAGUCGUGCCUAAGGCAUACAAAAUGAGGCAAUUGCCUUAGGCCCCCUCCAAAACUGUUAAAUUUAGGGCCCCUUUUUUCCCUAGUACUUAGUUUAAUUAUUUAUAUUAAUUUCAUUUAAUUUUAUAAUUUAGUUAAUUGUUAUAUCACAUGGUAGUUUGUACAUUGAAUUAGGAUUCUUGAAUUUGCAACGGUAAUAUUAUCUAUUUAUACUAUGAAUUAAAGAUAUAAAUUUAUAAAUAGAUAUAUAGUUUUAUUUUUCAUGGUUGUAAAUAAAUAUAAAUAUCUACUAUAUUAUAAAUAUCUUAUUUUUAUUUUCAAUAUAUAUAUAUUAUAUUCUAUAAUUAUAAAAUUCUAAAUUUUUGGUACAAAUAUAAAAGUUUGUAUAAUUUUAUUUUAUUAAUAAUUUUUGUAAGAAAAUUUAAACCUAGAUAAAAUUAUAUUAUUUGUCUCGGGCCCUCAGGGUCUUUCGCACGGCACUGCGUGCAGGCUCCAGUUAUUCCCUAAAUUUACCUUUCUUCCUAUCAUUUUCUAGCAAAUUGUAAAUAUCUUAUCAGUCAUGCUCAAUACCUUCGUCAUUGGCCGGCUCAUCAUUAUAUAAGAUGUUGAAUCAUAUUUAUUCCAUUUUUAAUAUAGAAUUUGUUAUUGUCGGUUUGCAUGCAUAUAUCUAGUAGACAUGUGUGGAGCUUUCUAUGGUUGUAAAUUUCACGAAAAAUGAUAUCGCUUGCGAAGAAGACGGCAUUUAUGGAAGCAUUUCGACGUUUGUUAAACUUUCAAAGUCAGUUGGGGGUAAUUCUUGUAUGUGAUGUUACUGUUCGUAACCCAUAUUGUGGGAUACUAAAUUUAGAUUCGGAUAUGGAAAGUCAAAAUGUAGGAUAUGAAAAAAUAUGAAAGUGAAACAUACAUAAGAUAUUAAUUAGUACAUAAGAAUACAAACAACUAAAUAAAUGCAAAAAGAGCCAAGAAAAAGGGUUGACAACCGCCAAGAAGGCCCAGGCCACGAAAUGCCUGUGGCUCCCUUGUUCCCAAUACAUUAUGUAUGUAUAAUAGUUACUGUUCUAGAUAUUUUCCAACUACGUAAGAUAUUGUUAUAAUUAUUUCUUAUAUUAAAUUGACGUUAGAAGAACUGUUUUUAUUACUACAACAUUCUAGUAGGAGAGAACUUGAAUGUGAAGGAUACUAGAUACAAAGGUCGGUCGAUCCAUGUAACUAACUUGAUACCGCUGAUAAAUAAUUGCAAGGAAGGGUCCAUUAUAAAAUUUUGACUAGUAAUAUAUUAAUUUAAGAAUAAAGUUGGUGAAAUAAAUAAAAACUAAAUGUUCAAGAUUCAAUGUCAGGAAAAGGUACACAAUUAUAGUUAUUAUAAUAAAUGAUACUACCUUACUAUAUAUACAGAUUUGAUGACCAGUGAGAUUGUUUUGAUGGGUAGCAUUAGGUUUUCGUCAGUGAACGAAAGUUUAGAACACACAAGAAUGUGAAAGAUACGAUCCGAAUCUUGAUUUAUAGAGCAAAAUAUAUCUAUAAGUAUUAGAAUAAUGGGGCGGUGAAUGAAGGGUCCAUAAUUAUAGAAGUGUGACUAUUAUGUAUUGACAUAAAAAUAAAGUUGGAGUUCUAAAAUUUCUAUUAUUUAUUGUAAAGUAAAUUAUGUCACAUAACUACAAAACGGAUGACUAAAAAGAUUGCAUUGAUAGGUAACCAAAUCCAAAGAAAUUCUAUUGGGUAAAACGAAUACGAUUUCGGAAUUUUCAUUUUAGUGAGGACAAGACUUUUAAUAAUAAGUUCAUAAGACAUUUAGGUUUUAGAUUAGUUAACCAAUUCUAGUAUCAUCUUUCUUAAACCUCUUUCAAAUCCUUAAAUAUAUAUCAUCUUCUCGAACAGCUUGAAUCUUUUUUUUUCUUUUCAUAUUAUUACUGAUUUAACCUAAAAUUUACAACUUGGUUAAGUCAAUUACUAAAUCACAAUUAAUGUUGAGUUUUCAUUUUGCAGAUUUAGCGAAAGAAUUAUUUAAGUUUGUUUAUUAUUUCUUUUAAAUCACUUGUAAUCUAUGUAAAAAACGUAGGUUUUUAGAUUCUAUAUGUAAGAAGUUUUAACCAAAAUUUGCAAGACACAAAAACCACAAUCCUGCACUUUUAGUGGACAAUUUAUAUAGACCUUGUUUUGUGAAGUUAGAGGUGUCUUAUAGUACAAGAUAUAUAAUGCAACCAAUAGACAAUAAUAUCACAUAUGAUAUCAUUAGUUACAUAAAAUAAUAAAUAAUAUAUAGUUACUUUUCCUAUAUUUUAUCGCUUUUUAUUAAGUUGUUAUUUGUUUAUUUUUCAGCAGAAUAGGAAAUAAGUAGUUUCUUGAAAAAGUCAAGUUAGAGGUAAAAUAUAUCGAAAUCUGAGGCAAAAAUUUCAUCAUUUUAAUAUUUUAUAAAUUAAGUUGCAUAUAGAACGAAUUUAAUACAAAAUUUAUCAAACCAGUCAUAUAAAUCCAUGAUAUUUAAUUUUUGUUCUUGGAUGAAUAUGAAAAGUUGACCAAUUUUAAUUGAUAUUUGAGUUAAAUGUAUUUGCAAUAUAUAUACACACAUACAUAUACCUAUAUUUUCUCCACCCUAUGCUAGCUAAAAGCCAAUGGAAGACUCGUAUGAAUUAAAUAUGAACUUAUUUCCUUCCCUAUUUAUCAUUUUCUUUAAUUUAUGGUAUAAAUCUUAGACUUGGAACAUAUAGAAAAUGUAUGUUUUGGAAGGGUCCAUGUCCAUGACUCCAAAUCGAAGUCACGCACGCGAUUUCCUAUCCUAUACACCCAUUGUCCGUGGCUCCAACUCCAAGUCAUGCACGCGAUUUCCUAUCCUAUACAUCUAUUUUUUACAUUAAUAAAAUAUAGUUUUUGACAAAGCACAUAAGCUAAAUUUUAUUUUAUAGUUUUAGAUUACUUUUUUUUUAAAACUAAAAUAGAAUUAAAUUCGGGUCUAUUAAAAACGCAGACCUAAGCACCGGGUGAGAAGUGCACCCCACAAAAGUUUUAGAUUACAUUCUUGUAGAUUUUUUUAUAUCAGUUAAAACCAUAUAAAUUUAUUUGCAUUUUAGUUUUUUAUUUGGUUUAAAAUGAAGAUAUAUUUAAUCUAAAAUAUGUCCCAAUAUACUAAGCUAAUAAAUAAAAGCCGGUUUUGAUAUCAUGAUGGCCUAAUGGAUUUCUUCUAUUGUUUAUAAAUUCCGUAAGUUUUAGUCUGCGACAUACAGUUUGAAAAUUCUCUCUGUACUCAGCUUAUGCUAUUUGUUGUACAUUCAUAGAUUUCUUUUGAAUUGAAAACACUUGAUAAUGUUUUUUUGUCAUUGAAUGUGUCCUCAAGGGAACUACCAACCAAACCGGCUGUAGUUAAACAAAGUAGCAAACAAAUUGAAGAAAAAAAGGAUGCCAGUAGGCACCAUAAAACCCUAACAAAAGGGACUAGAAAAUAAAACAGAAUUUAUCAAAACUCGAAGACUCUAAUGCUGCUUCGAGAUAACUGAUAGAGGAGUCCUCAGACAGCGCCUGCUGCUUCCAUUCUGAUGCGAGUGUCAAGCCAGUCUGGACCAUACCUAGCCAAGUACUAUUGCUGCCAUUGAAAACAUUUGAUAAUUUAAACAAGAAAGUGAUAUAAAGCCAGUAAAACGUAGAGUAAGGUUCCGCAAACCCCACUCUUCUUUCGUAGAAGCCCCACUACCACCUCCCUCAGCUCUCUUUUGACUUGAUAUUUUUCAUUAGUUUUCCAUACUGAACUUAACCAUAACAAUUUCUAAAUCAAUAAUUAAUAUGAAACAACUUAGAAAUGGUAUAAGCUAGUAUAUAAUUAAAACAUUGUAGGGGAGAUGGUUAUUUAAUAUUCAUAGAUAUGCUAUACAAAAAAGUUGUGAAGAAUAUGCAGGCUUCUAAAGUUCAGCUUCUUACUGACUUUUGGAAAAUUAUAAGGGAGUGUUAGCAACAAAAAAAAAGCCACAUGGAAAGUUUGUUUCGCAUUCAUAUUUGUAAAAACAAUAAUUUAUAAUGAAGAUAUGGUGGGCCAAAAAAUCAUUUAAAAUUUAAAAUGAAAACAGUUAAAGAACGUUCACGAAGCAAAUGAAAAACACGUAAAUAUAUUUAUGACGAGUGAAAUAGUGAGAAUUUAUAAUACAUAUUAUUAUAUUAGUGUUAUAGGCCACCAAUCAGAAUUCUUUGGUCGGUUUAAUGAAUAAUUUAACAAGAAUAUUCCAAAACUUAGUAGGAGGAUUAUUUUAUUUUAAUUUUCGAGACCUGAUAACAGUGACAUAUUAUCGUUUCUUAUGGCCCUAAGCACAAAUCCACUUAGAAAAAAGUUAACAAAAGCUUAGAUUCGGAGGAGAAAAUGUAUGGCGUUUGAACCAGAACUCCUCACAAAUUAACUUUAAAAACAAUGUUAUUAUGCAUCCUUUACGGUUAUACCACUACGCACAAUGAGAAGGCUUUGUUAAUGUCUCUGCGUUUUUUAUAUAACAAUGAACAUUACAUUCAAUUAGAUCAAAAACAAUUAAUAGGCUAUUGCGUGUAACUGGAAUCUAACUACAUAAUCUUAUGAAUUUUAUAGGGUCUUAAUACUUAGGUAAAAGGAGCUAAUCAAGAUUAUAUGAUCUACCAAAUGAAUCAUAUACGUGCGUGUGUGUGGGAUUAAUUUCUUAAACACAGCCUUUAAAAAAAAAAAAAAAUUCUUAAACACAUCAUAAUACAAGCCUUGUUAAACUAUUAGAUAUUUGUGUUUUAUGACAACAAAGAACUAGAUAUGGAGAGUGAGAGAAAGGUCAAAACUCCAAAGGCACGGCUAAGAAAACAAAACCGUGUACACCAUGUCCUCAACUUGACAAGUCUUUGUCUCCUCCUUAACUCACUCUGUCUUAUUCUAGUUAGGUCUCAACUUCCAGAAACGACGACGUUUCAUUCCGAUUUAAUCUUUUCUCCUUCUCUUAUCUCUACCCAACACCACUCAGUUUCAUCUCUCUUAUUUCCCUUCCCUUGUUUAGUAUAAAAACCAGCAAACCCUUAAUCUUUUUUCAUCUUCAUCUUAAUACACAUGCAUACACAUAUACAUAUAGUGUCUUUUUAGUUUUUACAUAUGGCAAUUGUACCAUCCACAACAAGCAUCAUCACCAUGAUGAGUAACCAAGUCAACAACAACAAUGAAAAAGGUAUAGAAGAAGAUGCUCACAGAGGCGGCCACGAGAGUCGUCUUCAAAAUGAUGAUGAAGCUGAUGAUCAUGAUCAAGACAUGGUUAUGCCUGGAUUCCGAUUCCAUCCCACCGAAGAAGAACUCAUAGAGUUUUAUCUUCGCCGUAAAGUUGAAGGCAAACGCUUCAAUGUAGAGCUCAUCACGUUCCUAGAUCUUUAUCGCUAUGAUCCUUGGGAACUUCCGGCUAUGGCGGCUAUAGGAGAGAAAGAGUGGUAUUUCUAUGUGCCAAGAGAUCGGAAGUAUAGAAAUGGAGAUAGACCAAACCGAGUAACGACUUCGGGGUAUUGGAAAGCUACUGGAGCUGAUCGGAUGAUCAGAUCAGAGACUUAUCGGCCGAUCGGAUUAAAGAAAACCCUAGUUUUCUACUCCGGUAAAGCUCCUAAAGGCACUCGUAGCAGUUGGAUUAUGAAUGAGUAUCGCCUCCCUCACCACGAAACUGAGAAAUAUCAAAAGGCUGAAACAUCAUUAUGCCGAGUGUACAAAAGGCCAGGAGUGGAAGAUCAUCCAUCCUUGCCACGUUCUACAUCCACAAGACUGCAUAACCAUAACUCAUCAUCAUCAUCCCGCUUGGCCGUGAGACAACAACAACAACACCUUCCUUCCUCUUCUAAUCAUUCCGACAACAAUCUUAACAACAACAAUCUCGACAAGCUCUCAACCGAAUAUUCCGGCGACGGUAGCACCAUAACCACUACAAACAGUAAUUCUGACGUCACCAUAGCUUUAGCCAAUCAGAACAUCUAUCGUCCAAUGCCUUUUGAUGCAAGCAACACACCAAUAAUAUCUAAUCAAGAAGAUGAUGAAACCGCAAUAGUUGAUGAUCUUCAAAGACUCGUUAACUACAGCCAAAUAUCUGGUGGAGGUAACAUCAAUCACCAAUACUAUCAAAUUGCUCAACAGUUUCAUAAUCAACAACUACUAAAAGCAAAUGCGUUGCAAUCGGUGACGGCAGCGACUACAGCAGCGUUAACGCCUCAAACGCAGGCGACGUUAGCGAUGAACACGAUCCCUGCAGGGACGAUUCCAAACAAUGCUUUGUGGGAGAUGUGGAAUCCACUAGUACCUGAUGGAAACAAAGAUCAUUAUACUAAUAUUCCUUAUAGAUAAAUUAAUCAGAUUUUGAACAUUACCAAUUCCUUAAAUAAUGCUGCUUCAUUAUAUCUAUAUUAUGUAUACUCGUUAUGUAUUUUAAACAAGUUAGUAAUAGCUAGACUCCGAUUGCUUUCUGGCUGCAAUUAUGUAAUGGAACUGAUUUUUCUACGUGUAUCCAAUUUAUGAGUUAUUUAUAUAUGAACUACAACUUAUUCUAUCCGAUUUAACAACGUAUGUAACCGAACGGAGGUAACGAUAAACAUUUUGAUCCAAGAAUCGAACAAAGCAAAUAAUAAUGAAAGUUUAUAUACUCGAUUGUAUUUUUUAUAUAAGAAACAAAUCAAACAACACAAAGUAGACUAAUUUAAAUCACAAAUUUCUAAUUAUGUUUUGGCAAUAUAUAUGUGUCUAUAUCGUUUUAGACUGUAUCCAAGUUGUCAAACCUGAUUAGUGCGACUCUGCGGAUAAAUAAUCUAUUAACUUUUCCUAAUUCAGUAACAUGGUGACGAAAAUAUAUGAAGACGCUGGCUAGUUUUGUCUAUACGUGUGUGUAAGAAUUAGGGUUUGUUUAGCAAAAAAAAAAAACAAGAAUUAGGGUUUGACGAAAAUAAACCUAGGAAGUGCAAUGUAAAAAAAACGUACGUUUUAAAUAACAUAUCAGGACGAAUGUCAGUCCAAAAUAUAUAGUUAAACGCUUUUUAGUUUGGUUAUCCCUUGUUCGAAUAUGUCAUGUGUAUUUUAAUUAAGAAAAACGUUGAUACAGUGGUUUUGUUCAAAUAGUUGUGUAUAACAAAUGUUUUAAAGUAUAUAAUUAGAUUAUUUUUUUGACAUUUAAUAUAUAUAUAUAGCAGGUAAUUCAUUCAAAAGCAGAUAAUACUAAAUUUCAACUCCAUCAAAUAGCAUUGAAACAAGAUUUUUUUUUUUGUUUGUAAUUAACACGAACAAGAUUUCCUAAUAAACGAAAUGCUGCUUGUCUGGUCGGGUGAUAUAAAGAGAAAUUAGAGAUUGAUCAACGCGCAUUCGCGGAUGUUAAUUUACUUUUUUAUUAAUUGAGAUUUGCUUUUCUAUUAUAUGUUUUGCAUGUGUCCAUAUAUAACUAAUUGUAUAUUAAUUAUUUAAAUAUUUUCGAGGUUCAUUGAAUCAAAUCAUAAUCGAAUCAGUAAUAUGUAAGGGUAGGCAAAAAACCGAAUCUGAAGAACUGAACCCGAUCCAAGAAAAUAGUAACGAACCUGAACCGAAAUUGAUGAACUGAAGUAUUUCGGGUUCAAAAUACUUCGGUUCAAAAUUUUGAUGAACCGAAGUAUAUCCGAACGGGUUCAAAAUUUUGGUAUUUAGAGAACCGAAACCAAACCCGAUCUGAACCGAAGUAUUUCGGGUAUCCGAGUGUAUCCGAAAUAAAUUUAUGUACCUAAAUAUAUUAAUUAUUUUUAGAUUUAAUGUAUAUUAAAAAACCAUCCACAAUAUAUAAGAAUUUUUAAGUUGUCUAAAAUACUUGAAUAUAUAUACAAAUAGUCAAAAGUAAAUGUAUAAAAUAA